AUGCCAUCAGCUGAUGUAUUGAUCUUCAUGGGUGACGGCAUGCGUACGCUGGAGCAUGGCGUGUUAAUUAUCGAGCCGUCCAUUGAGCUGGCGAAUAUCGCGACGCGCGUGGUGCUGCUGGAUCGGAAGCUGGCCGAGUCCUUCUCAUAG